UCUAAUAAAAUUUUGAUUUUGAUGGUGCAACAGAUUCUUGAAUGCUGGCAUCUUCGGCAAUGGCACGGAAUCGUCUCACAUGUUGCCUCACACAGCCACAAGAGCCGCUAUGCUGGUCAGAAUCAACACUCUUCUUCAAGGAUACUCCGGCAUCAGAUUUGAGAUCUUGGAAGCCAUGACCAAGUUCCUUAACCACAACAUAACUCCAUGCCUUCCUCUCAGGGGCACCAUCACUGCUUCAGGGGACCUCGUACCUCUGUCUUACGUUGCCGGCCUCUUGAUCGGCCGACCCAACUCCAAAUCCAUAGGUCCUGACGGUAAAGUCCUCUCUCCUAAAGAAGCCUUUCAAUUCGCAGGAAUCAGUGGAGGUUUCUUUGAACUGCAGCCCAAAGAGGGCUUGGCUCUUGUUAAUGGUACUGCCGUAGGAUCUGCUUUAGCCUCCAUGGUUCUUUUCGAGGCAAACAUUCUGGGUGUCCUGUCGGAAGUCUUGUCUGCAAUUUUCGCCGAGGUUAUGCAGGGCAAGCCAGAGUUUACUGACCACUUGACACAUAAAUUGAAACACCAUCCUGGCCAAAUUGAGGCCGCUGCUAUAAUGGAACACAUUUUAGAUGGAAGCUCUUAUGUUAAGGCAGCUCAGCAGCUCCAUGAGAUUGAUCCUCUUCAGAAGCCUAAACAAGACAGGUAUGCUCUGAGAACUUCUCCUCAGUGGCUUGGACCGCAGAUUGAAGUGAUCAGACAAGCGACAAAGAUGAUCGAGAGAGAGAUCAACUCUGUGAAUGACAAUCCAUUGAUUGAUGUUUCAAGGAGCAAGGCACUUCAUGGAGGAAACUUCCAGGGUACCCCAAUUGGCGUUUCAAUGGACAACACUCGCCUGGCCCUUGCUUCCAUUGGAAAGCUCAUGUUUGCCCAAUUCUCUGAGCUUGUCAAUGACUUUUACAACAAUGGGUUGCCUUCAAACCUCUCUGCUAGCCGACACCCGAGCUUGGAUUAUGGCUUCAAGGGAGCUGAAAUCGCCAUGGCUUCAUACUGUUCAGAGCUUCAAUUCCUUGCCAAUCCUGUCACAAACCAUGUUCAGAGCGCAGAGCAACACAACCAAGACGUGAACUCUUUAGGGCUAAUUUCCUCAAGAAAAACAGCUGAAGCUGUGGACAUACUGAAGCUCAUGUCCUCCACCUUCUUAAUUGCACUAUGCCAAGCCAUAGAUCUGAGGCAUUUGGAAGAGAACUUAAAGAGCACUGUGAAGAACACUGUGAACCAAGCGGCCAAGAAAGUCCUAACAAUGGGUGUCAAUGGAGAAUUACUCCCUUCAAGAUUCUGCGAAAAGGAUUUACUCACAGUGGUGGACCGUGAGCAUGUGUUUGCUUACAUUGAUGAUCCUUGCAGCGCAACAUACCCAUUAAUGCAGAAACUGAGACAAGUUCUGGUUGAUCAUGCACUGCAAAAUGGUGACAGAGAAAAGGACUCAAGCACCUCCAUUUUCUCGAAGAUUGCAGCUUUUGAGGAAGAACUCAGGAUCCAUUUGCCCGGAGAAGUAGAAAAUGCAAGAAUUGAGGUCGAGAAUGGAAAAUGUGCCAUCCCUAACAGGAUCAAAGAAUGCAGGUCUUAUCCACUGUACAGAUUUGUGAGAGAAGAACUUGGUACUGGUUUGCUAACAGGUGAGAAAGUGAGGUCACCUGGUGAAGAAUUUGACACGGUCUUCACCGCGAUGUGUGCAGGAAAGUUGAUUGAUCCUUUAUUGGAGUGCCUCAAGGAGUGGAAUGGGGCUCCUCUGCCAAUAUGUUAGGAUUAUGGUUUUAACCCAUAAAUUUUUCCUCAAAAAGUAUAUUUUUAUCAAUAUAAUAUUAUAGUUUCU